AUCGGUUAAAUGUAAUCGAACAAUCAAAAACGAAUUUUCCACCACUAAUUAUAUAAACAAAACAUCCUUUGUUGACUGGAUAUGCAGCAAAUAAUAUAAUUAAAGUUGUUUGUCGUGAAGAAGACGGAAAUUAAUUAAAUUAACAAAAAAUUAAAUCUCGAAAAUAAUAAUAAAAAAAAUAAAACUAUUUGCCGAUAUAUUGAAAUACAUUUAUAAAGGAGAACGCUGGAAAAUAUAAAGAAGUUGAAGGAACAAGGAUCAUUUCACAUCAGGGAUUAGUUGUAGACAGUGAUAUUUCUUACACCACACGAAUUAUCCUGUUUCAAUAUAUUGUUGCAACUCGCGUUGACAGUGUUUUUCUCUUGUUAUUUACAACACACAAUUGUCUGUUGAUAUGACGUUAUAUUCAAAAGAAACGGAAAUUAAAAUUGAACAAAUGGAGUUAUACGAAGAGAAUGCAAGUGAGAAACGAUGGAGCGUAAGCAGUCGUAAAAGUGCAAGCAGAUGGAAUGUGGACAGUGAACGUGCUUUGCUGAGACUUUGGUUUGCUCAUAUGGAACAACUUCGAGGGUGUAGGAAAAAUCGUCACAUAAUACAAGAGAUGAUGAAUAAGAUGCACAAUCAAGGUUACUACUAUACAGUCGAUGAGCUAAAAACCAAAAUGCACAAUGUUUCGGCACGUUAUAAGAGAGAAAAACAAGCUAUUGAAGCCACCGGUUCUACUUCAGAUUGGGAAAUUUUCAAUGAUGUUGAUAGGCUGUUAGAUCCCGACAAGAGUUUCAACCCUGAUGAUUUACCAAUGGAACACAUUAAUAAUUUGGAAACCCCUUUAACCAACAAUGUGUCUAAUAGCCGAUUUUCAACACCACCUCUAACACCAUUUAUGUACAAAGAAUCUUCCUCUGAAUUACCAUCAACAUCAAAUGUAUUUACAGUACCGAAGGAAGAAGACAAUCUGACACAGGUUUUUACAGAUUUCGAAAAUAGAAUAGAGGGAAUGUAUGAUGAAAUAAAGAAAUUGGUAAAAAUAGAGGAAGAAAAGAAAGACAUCCUUAAAAGUUUUGUAGAUCGAGAAGCUGAUGUACAGAAGGCUCUAAUUGAUUUCUUAAAGAAAUCAUAGUCUUAACGAAUUUUAAGAAUAUUAGUUUAAAAUUAUUCAUUUCCUUUGUUAUGGAAAACAGCCACUAUUUUAUAAAUACAAAUCAGAAAGACGUAUUACCAUUUCGAUAGUAAAAAAUAUGUAUAUCAAUUUUUGUAAUCUCAUGUCAUGUAUUUUUUAUUAACUUUCUUAAAUUUUGUAUGCAUGUUGUUUUUAAAAUACAUAUAUAAAUUUCCCAAUGGGAACAAUAACUUUAUUUUAUAAUGCAUUGUUUUAGCUCAUUUAGUAUUAAGCACAUUAAAAAGUUUGCUCGUACAAAAUAAGUAAUAAUACUAUAUUUAAUAAUAUAAUUGAUGGUUGUACCUACGUGAUAAAAUGUAACAUAUUUAAAUGUGAUUUAAAAUUGUGGCAUAAUUAUUUUUGAAUGAAAAUAUGAUUAUACUGACGUACGGGAUGGACCUUCAAAUCCUCAUGUAGAUGAUUCAGUGGUGUCAUGUGGAGGCACAUAAUAUAUGAAAUAUUGUCCGUGGGGUCCCACAAUAAAUUUUCCAUUGCCGCUUCUGUGCCAAUGGGUGUUAAAACUUUUUCUACGUUUUAAUCCAUCCUUUGUAUAACGCUACCGAAAAGUUUCAAUGGAACAAGUGACAAUACCACAUAAAAUAUUUCAACGACGUAGUUCAUAUCUUGCUUAGACGUUAAGCAACAUCUUCUUAACAUAUCUGAAUAGAAAGAAACAUUAGUUAUUUUGUAAUAUGGCGCACACAUCUCAAAUAAAAGUUUCAAUUUUGUGACUCCUUAGGUAACAGACAAUGGGGGUUCAAGAUAAGAAACCCGCGUCGCAGUGGCCGAAAAAUGGCUCGUGAGCUGAACAUAUCGAAAUAUUCCAUUCGGCAAAUAUUGAAAAAUGAGCUCGGGUUAAAGCCAUUGAAAUUCCAAAAAGUGCAAGAAUUUACACCGCAAAAUAAAGAAACUAGACUCAAAAGAUUUUAAGGGUUACUACGAUUGGUCGAAAAUGGUGAACUGCCGAAUUUGGUUUUCUUCGAUGAGAGAACAUUUGUUGUCCAGCAGUUUGUAAACAAUCAAAAUGAUCGUGUUUACUUGCCAAAGUGGUCAGCUGAUAAUAUACACCUUCGGUUGGCCACCAGAACUCAAGCGCCGGCAAUGGUGAUGUUGUGGGCUGCCAUAACAGCGGAUGAUCGUUCUCCGCUCGUAUUAAUCAACCGUGGCAUCAGAAUAAAUGCCGAAUAUUAUCGCGGAAAUAUUCUGGAGGGUGUAUUGAAGCCUUGGGCAUGCAAACAUUUUGGCCACAGACCUUGGACAUUCCAACAGGACUCAGCACCAUCGCACUCAGCACGCGCCACCCAAGAAUAAUUACAAAAUGUGGUUCCUCGCUUCAUUUCCAGCGCAAAUUGGCUACCAAAAUCUCUGGAUACCAAUCCGUUGGACUAUUGUGUCUGGAGUAUUUUGGAAAGCAAGGUUGGCACCAGAAAAUAUCAAAUGGACAAUUCUGGCAGCGUGUGACGGUUUGGCCGUUUGAAGGCCAUAAUUUGUGCCAAUUCGAACAAAUCUAAACUUAUUCUAAAAUUUGAUGCUAUUUCCGACAUUUUUUGCUAUCAUUCAAUAAAAUUUAAAAAAAAAAAAAUGUAAAAAUGAUGGCGUUUGACUUUGUUACAGUUUUUUUUUAUCUCACCCUGUAAGUCAUAUGAUAGGCCAAAACAUACCUCAUCGAAAUAACGGUUUUAGACCCUAGGUCUCCUUGGACCAAAUCCGUUUCAGGACAUUUGGAGUCGCUCUAGCGAUGUCUGCCUGGCUGAUGCACACGAUAGCUCUCGAAGGGAGUAUCUGAUUUGGUCCAAACUUGAUACAUCGUAAACUUGGUACAUUUCAAUAUUUCCAUCUACACAAGAUCUGUUACAAAUAUGGUAGAGAUCGGACCAUUUCUUCUAGUAACUCCCCCACAAAGGUUUAACGUUUUGAAUAACGAUAAUAAAAUCCGAAAUAAGCAUCCGGUUCUCAUCACAAUAUUUUUAUUAAACCAAGGGCUAGCGUGAAGAUGGGAUAUAUCGGUCCAUCCCUUCUGGCACUUCCCCCACAAAGAGUCAAAAUGUUCAGCAUCCAAGAAGCUCAUAAAACGGGAAAUUAACAUCCGAUUCCAUUCAGAGUUGGUGCAUCCAAAUAUUUCCAUCAACACAAGACAUGUUAUAAAGAUGGUAGAGAUCGGACCAUUCCUUCUGGCACCUCCCCCACAAGGUUCAAGAUUUUAAAACAAAAUGCUAAUAUGUUAAUGACGAACAAAAGUUGAUACUUACAAGUAUUUUUUAAUUCCUGAGAAAAACGUUUCCAGUUCCCACAAACCGUUUUUAAAAAAAUUUUGAAUGUUUUGGCCCAAUUUCCAAAUCAAUUUACUGUAAUUG